AUGAUACUGUUACGAGGAGGGGAUGGUCUUUAUGGGGCCAUGGGAGCGGAUCGGUGUGCUUUUCACUCUGACUACGGCUCUGGCCGCUGUCUUGGUGUCGUCUUCGCCGGUCCUGUCUCCAGUGUUUCCACACCGGGGUCUGCAACAUAUACCAGGGCAUUCCUUGCCCGUCAAGUCUACACAGUUAAUUUCCUCGCCGUCAACGAGCACAGAGACCAUGGCUUCUGGGCCUACUUCUGGGUCGAUGUGUCCUGCAUCGACCACUGUGACGACUACCAUUACGGUUUCCACGUCUCCCACGCCAUCUGCCGGAACCCCAUCUGCUGUGACUUCGGCUGCCACAGCUUCGUCUGUCGGAACACCAUCGGUUGCACCUCCGUCCACAGCUGUGUUGCCUACUACUGCGACCGCUUCGUUGUCUACACCAACAGAGUCCUCGCCAGUGUCUACUUCAUCGGUAUCUGUCUCACUGGUGUCUAUUCUGCCAGUAUCUGGCUCGACUGCCUCUGCUUCAUCGCCACUGACAGCCUCGCUGGCAUCUUCCACAACUGUACCCACAACCGUAGCUACAUCUACGGUGUCUAUCCCAGCAAAGUCUGCAUCCCGUCCACAACACUGUCUGCUGCCCCGGCUUCGAACCAGACCUCCUGCAACACCGCAACUGACAGACAGUGCUGGACAUCGGGUUUCGAUAUUGAUACCGACUAUGAAGCCAGCACUCCUGUGACUGGAGUGACCCGAACAUACACUCUUGUUCUUUCCGAGGUUGACAACUACGUCAGCGGCGACGGCCAGGUCAAGACAAAGGCAAUGCUAGUCAAUGGAAGCUUCCCAGGUCCAACCGUUACAGCCAAUCAGUAUGCCAACGGUGUUGUCGGUCCCAUCGUCAUUCACGGACCGGCGUCGGCGAACUACGACAUUGAUCUUGGCCCAUUGAUGAUCUCUGACUGGUACUAUGGUGCGGCUGACCAGAUCCUGGAGCGUGUCAGCAGCCUCAACAACUCGUACAUUCCUGGGCUUCCUGGUGCGGCUCCUACCAGUGACAAUGUCCUGUUCAACGGCCUGAAUGUGAACGUCAACGGCACCGGCGGCGAGUAUGAGAGCCUGACGCUGACACCAGGCAAAAAGCAUCUGCUUCGCUUGAUCAACCCAUCUGUUGAGAACACUUUCACCGUCUCUCUCGUCGGGCACUCAUUCACCAUUGUCGCAACCGACUUUGUGCCUAUCGAGCCGGUCAAUGUGACCAGUGUGUAUAUGGCUGUGGGUCAACGCUACGAUGUCGUCAUUGAGGCAAAUCAGGCCACGAGAAGCUACUGGUUCAACGCGACACUCCCCAGCGGACCGUGUGGCCAGAGCUACAACUCAUACCCGGCGGCCAUCCUAUCUUACGCUGGAGCAAACUCGACCACUCCCACCAGCACCGGCUCUGCGCCCCCUGAUCCUAGCUGUGCAGACAGUCUUGCGCUGUAUACGCCUGUGGUUUCCCGCUCCGCAACCGUUUCGGACUUCUCGCCGGACACGGAUGACACGCUGACGACCAACAUUGCUUACGAAAGCAACGGCGUGGCACGCGUCUUCUGGCCCGUCAAUGGAUCGCCCAUCAAUGUGUCCUGGAAUGACCCGACGCUUGCUUACGUUCGCGAUAACAGGACGUCCCAGCUUCCUACCGACGAGAACGUCAUUUCGGUGCCCAAGGCGAAUGUCGGACACGAUGUCAUCAUUCUCGGCGCCUCAACACCACUGGCCGACCCGUUGUCAGGCAAUCACACUUUGCGCUCAUACAACCCGUCGACUGAUGCUGCCAAGCUUAAUGGCAACAAUCCUACGCGUCGUGAUACCACGAUGCUGCCGGCAUGGGGCUGGUUGGUUGUGGCUUUUAAGACGAACAAUCCAGGCUCGUGGCUGUUUCAUUGCCAUCUUGCAUGGCAUGUGUCUCAAGGAUUUGCUGUUCAGUUCCUCGAGCAGCUCAAUGCGAUCCCACAGUCUGUAGACCUUUCGGGCCUAGCGGACCAAUGCCAAAACUGGAACAAUUACUACCCGGCGGAGGACCCGUUCCUGAAGACUGAUUCUGGUUUAUAA